GCAUUUAGUGAGGUGAGGGUUGUUACUGCUGCAACCACUGCCGAGUCACCAAGGGAAAGUUUCUGGCUCUGAGUUUUUGCUUUUAACUUUUUUUCAGGCCAAUUUUCUCUGUUUUCUCGAGCAAAGGACUGAUGGAAAGGCCAUCCUGCUAGGGGGUUACCUCCUGUGGCAAGAUGUCCUUAUUAAUGAGCCCGCGGACUUCACAUAGAUAGUCAACAGUAUAAUCAGUUUACAAGGACAGCAGUGCUCAGCCAUCCUCUCCUGAUGGCGUUCUUCAGACAGCUCAAACUUCUUUUGUGGAAGAAUGGACUGGGAGUCAUCAGACAGCCGUUGUGGUCCAUUACUCUGAUCGUCUGGCCUUUGAUCAUCUUCAUCCUAAUCGCCGUGACUCGGGACCAUUUCCGUCCAAUUGUUAGAGAUACAUGUCAUGUUGGACCCCGGAACCUACCAAGCACAGGCUUCUUCCCCUUCAUGCAGACCCUCCUCUGCAACACAGACAGCAAUUGUCACAACACGUCUCGCCUCGGGCACUCAACGGCAUCGAAGUCAUCAAGGGGUCGAAGGUCUGCUCCGUUACCAGAGACAUCUCCUUUGGCAAGUCUAAUGCAAGGGAAGGAGUUUUUCAGCCAGACUUUCCCCAGUGACCUUUCAAAUGACACUGCAAUGUUGGUUAAAUUCAUGGAAAACAUUAUUGGUUCAUCCAAAAGAGCAAACUAUACAAAUGUUUCUCCCAUGAGUCCCCUCGGCAGCACUCAGCUCAAUCAGGAGACCAUGAACACAAUUCUGGAGUCGAUCAACAUUUUUAAAAGAGCUAUCUGCACUAUUACACUUCCUUGGAUAAACCAAACCUCACCCAGCACGGUCACCCACGCUAUGGUAACCUUCUGCAACUCCAACAGCACUGUGUUAGGAGUCUCGCUUCAAACACUGAACGAGGUACUGACAGAUCUGAUGGUGAACGAACCAGAGGCGCUAAUGUCACUGGCAGGAGGGGCAGUCAUGUUUUUUGACCAGCUGCAAAAUGAGACGUUACUUUGGGAAAGUCUUCUAGCCCUUCCCAGGCUCUUCUCUGUUGAUUCUAUAGAUGGCCUGCUGAACAGCACAGAAACCCUGCUCACAAGCAUACAGAGCUUUUUGCGUUUCGUCCAGAACGCUUUCCCUGAGACUGCAGACACACUCUACCAAGUGCAGCCAGCGCUAGACGAAAGUGUUGGUGUGAUCCAGUACUUCCAGAACUGGCCCGGACGAGAUGUUUCGAUAACCCUCGGAGACAUUGUCAAGUUAAGGAAUGACACAGUCAGCGACGUCGUGAAACGAAUUCUGCAGGAGGUUCACAUACCACUGCACCAGGCUGUGGGGCUGAUGUGGGACAAAGAUAUGGUGCGCUCUCAAUUGUGUGGCAACAGCAACAACACGAUGUGGCUUACAGCGGCGUGCAGCACAGGCACCGUGGACAUGCUCCUGAGUUGGAUUUGUCCUGACAAAGUGGCAGCAGAGGUUUUUCUGGCAUGGACUAAGCAUGUGGCAGCAGAUGAUGUGUCCUUUGUGAGAGAACUGGUGCAAAGACUGACGAGGAAUUCCUCCUCAGGAAGACAUGACGUCUCCAGGUCAAGGCGCAGCAAGGAUACAGAAGAACCACAAAGCGACGAGGCAGAGCUGUUUUUGGGAGUCGGUCAAGCACUGCUGGAGAUCGCAAAAAUUGAUCCUGAGGUGUACAUGGUUGUUCAGAGAGGUCUCAAAACCGCCUUCCAGACCAUGAAAGCAACGAGGGUGACUUUGGUCACUGUAAAAAAGGUGAUGAGCAAUGUCCUGGAAGACAUGGAAAAUUUCCAAAUGACCUAUCACACGCUGCUGACCAAUCAGUCUGAGGCGAUACCUUGGUUCAGCCGGGUGAUAGACAGCGUGGUGGAACUCUUUGAGGAGGCGGUGGAGCGUGAUGAAUGCGAAGAGUUUGUUGAGCCCUUCGAGUGGCUGUUGUCCACCGAGACAGUAAAGGCGGAAGUGUGGAAAUCUCUGUUCUGCCAAGAUAUCCAUGAACUGAAGAAGGUUUUGCUGGAGGACUGGAAUCCUGUCGUACAAAAUGCGAAAGAAGUGUACUGUGUCCUCACAGGCACUAUGGACUUUAACCUGACACUUCCCAUGAUGCUCUCUGAGUGGAACAACUUGUACAAUGUCAGCAUGCAAUUUGGAACGUUUCUGGGGAGACUGAUGACCCGGCUGGGUCCAGACUACUGGAUGAAAUGGGGUUCUGGCACCUUCACAUAUGACAUCAUGGAAACUCUUCAACAAAGUUACAUCAUGUCAACGGAAAACUUGGCAGAGGAGCUUGAGGAGCUUGAGGAGAAUGAUUUGUGGCCCAGCAUGAAGGAUUACUUCCACAUCAUCUACUGGAUUAUGACCUACCGACCUGGUGUUGAAAAAGAGCCACCGAACUGCUGUGUGGAUGCCCAUUCCAUGGCCCUUCAUUGUGACACUGGUCUGGAGUGGCCAAAGUUUGUUAAAACAGUAACAGAUGCCUUGAUCUCACCAAAUGAAGAUGUCCUAGUGAAUGCUCUGAAAGGAACAGUGAUUCUGCUGGAGCAUGUGUACGGGAAAAUCUACAGGAACCUUACAGCCACAUAUUUAAAGCAAGAGAUUGAUGGGGGGGAUGCACUCUCUGCCUACCUGAUUAAGUUGAUUCUGAGCUUGGAUGGCUUUGUCCAAACAGUCGCUGUUCUUCCUGACCGAAACAUCUCUGACCCUGCCGUCAUAGGUCCGCUCAUCAGUGAUUUGUUAGAAUCUGCAGGUCUUAAGCCACUCCAGGCUCUGUUCUUCAGUGGCGGGCCAGUUAAUGCCUCUACGGUGCUUGAUGCAGUCUUACAGAUAAUCAGGAUCAACCAGCAAAUAUUUACCUUUAGAGAGACAGACCCGGCAAUGAAAGGACUCCAGCAGUUGAUCAUGGAGCUCCUCUCCUUGGAGAGUAACAAGACUCUUUCUUUCUCUGACAUCCUGGGACACAGUCUGCUGACAUAUUCCUCUUUCAUCAACCCUGAAGUUGUGGCCAAUCUCCAAGAAGCGCUUAAUAAUUUCACAAACCAGACCUUGGAUAACGCCAUCCUUGAUGCCACAGAGCUUCUGAAAGCACUAAUUGAUUCUCCAUAUGGCGACCCAAGCCACAUAAUUCUUGGGUUCCUACACCAGAUUCAAGAGUUUGUAUCUUCUCUUGUCAGGAUGCAACAAAUUGAACUUCUGUCAUCCAAUGGCCAACUAACUGCAGCUCAAGUCAGCGACUUUAAGGCAGCCUCCACGGACCUUCUUAACCUGCUUGACCCUGAGAAUCCCCAGGGUCUCGCUCAGGUUGGACCAGACGCUGCCCAGAGGCUUAUCAUCCAGAAGUUGGUUGCAUUCCUGCCACGUGAUGUCCAGACAAAUGCUACUUACUUUCUGCAGGAUUUUAAAGCACUGCAAGGUCUGGUCACCAAAUGUGUAGAAGGCAAGAACUGCCUUCAAGGAAUUUCAGGGAUCUUUAAUUUUCUGGAUAAUGUAAUAGAGUUCAUCCUAACGGCCAGUGGAGAUCUCACUAUCACAUUAAAGCCAACCAACCCCUGGAGCCAGGAGCAGGAGGAACUCAUAACAAUACUUUUCCCACUUAUGUUGUCACCAAAUGAUGCAGCCUAUGCACAGACAUUCAGACAGACCCUUUAUUUCUUGAAUUUGGUCUCAGAAAUGCAAAAUGUCACAACUUCUAGUGUCCAGGAGGCUCUGACACAGUCAAACCUAACCACUUCUGAUCUGCAUGAAAUUGCAACACUUGCACAAGCUUCCAACAUGAAUGAUCUGAUGACAAAGAUGUUGGACAUUUUCACCGACAUUGACAAAAAGUGUUCUGGACCAGAGAGUAACCUGACAAUGACAUCAGACUGUAUUCUGGGAUUGAUAAAUGGCGUUAGCGGCUUUCUGCAAAACAUUCCAGCUCUUCGAAAUGAAACAACCCUCCUCACUUACGUCUCAGUUAUUGUCAAUGAAACACUCCAGGAUCUUAACCAAAGGGACUUCAGCUCCAACCCUGACAUGGCUAUCGUCCAAAUCUUGGAAGCCAUCUUGGCCAAUAUCAAGAUGUCACUUCAGUUUAACCCACAGAACAGUUCAGAUAUUAUGGUUGAAAUCACAAUGGUGGAGAAUCUCAUACAGCUGGUCACUGACACGAAACCAUUUAACAGCUUAAACGCCACAUUGAUGGAGGACCCACUUCGUGCACAGAAAGUGUUUCUGGAGCUCGUGGAUUGGUAUUUGAUGAGGCUGGAAAUGAUCACCAGCAACAGUUCAGUCUCAGUGUUCCUACAGGACUUUUUCCACAUAACAAGGAUGCAAGUGGCAGGCCAGCUAGCACAGGUUGAAUUCUCCCUGUUUGUCAGUGAGAAGACAGAGUUCCUGGUGAACAACCUCCAGUACCCAUUGGAUGGUGACGACAUAAGUGAAAUCGGACACACAACGAUUGAGAUCAUUCGUCAUCUGCUGGUCUACAUAAACAACAUCACGGAGCUUCAGGGUGACGUUUCAGAUUUGAAAGAGCUGCAGUCCAUUCAGGUCCAAAUCAAUCUCUACCUUGACCUCAUUGAGAAGUGGCUGAAACAGCCGGACGUCCCACUGCUCCUCACCAGCAUGCUCCAAUGGAGAAACUCUUCUACGAUGUGGUCAACCCCUGUGAGAGACCUGAAUUUCCUGCUGCAAACAAUGCCUCAUUUGCUCAGCGAGGAACUGAGGGCAUACCUCUUUUUGAUAACCAACAUCACAGAGUCCCUCAGCAACGCCAUAACAGCGGCAGAGCAACCAGGUGGCUUGCAGAGUGAUAAUUUUGUUGCUGCGAUUUUAACUGCCCUCCACACGACCAUGCAGAUCCCCAACCCAUAUUGGUCUACCCCUGCAGAACCGGUGCAGCAGAAUCUUCUAGGAAUUGCGCAAGGUUCCCUAUCUCUUAUUCUUAACCAAAACAUGAGUUUUGCCUCGUCACAAAACAUCUCCCUAUACAUCCUGGAAAGAGUAGAGAACGUUGUCCAACAAACAAUACUGAACAACUAUGCAGAAUACCUGCUGCCAGUGGUCAAACUAGUCAAGACAUACUUUGAGAGCACAGCUACAAGCAGCGGGCCAGAUCAGUGGAAUCAAAUAAUUUUGAAUGAAAUGAGGGCAAUCCAGAGCUUCCUGCCUCCAGACAGAACAGCACAAUACUCCAUCGCUCUCCUCAUUAAUAUCACUGACUUCAUCUUGAACCCAGGCCAAGGCAACAUGAGUCUCUGGGAAAGUUUCGAAGGGGCAUCAGUGGAAACUCUACCAAAAGUUGUUGCCCAGUUGGUCAAGGUUGCAGGGAUGUUUCUGCAACUUAUAACGGAAGGCUCACCUUCUACAUCUUUGGACGAUUUGAGUCUUGUUGUUCCUGUUUUCGAACAGGUGAUGACUGGGAACGCAGAUCAACACACAUGGCAAAAACUUGAACAGAUGCUGGAAACCCUGCUGUCAACUUUCGAAGGAGGAGAACUUUGGAACAACAUCUCAUCUGCCAUGCCUCUAUUUGAAAAACUCACUGAAACUCUGGUGAAGAACACGCAAGCCGAGAAUGUAAUGUUGCUGAGCCUUCAGAUGCCCCUGACCACCCUGGUGGAAGACAUUUCCCGGGCCGUGAACACCAGCCAUCUGAACACGUCUGAGCUCACAGCAGGAAUGCAGUUUGCCAUUGAAGGGACGCUUCAAGCAGCCCAGCAGGCAAGUGGCCCGCUGAACUGCAGCGAGGCUCUGAGAGCAUGGGAGCCUGUCCAACAGGCAGCAGGGGUAGACCUUUCCACGUUUACUGUGUGGUGCGACAUCAGCCUGCGGCCUGUUCUGGAAGCCUAUGCAGCAGCAAAGACUGAGCCGUCCCACCUGAACAUGAGUCACAUGGGCGUGGAACCAAUAAGUGUGAGCUUCGCAGCUGGCAGGAUUGUCGAAAAAUUACGGUCUCUCUAUCACGUCAGCAUCAACCGCACAGAUGCGAUAGAGCAGUUCAUCAUGACUGUCUCCAGCCAGAUCCCCCGGCUGACAGGCCUGCAUUUGAGCUCUGAGGAACAGCAUUCCUGGUACAAGCUACUCCAGGACAUGCAGCUGCAAAGCAGUUUGAUGGGCAUAAGGCAGCUCUCAAAUCAGCUGCUUGAUGUAGCUCCUUUCCUUCGGCCCUACAUUGAAGCUGCAUUCGAAGCUUUGAGCCACGUUCUGGACAAUUACCACCUCACCGAAAGCAGCAGCUCAUCCCAGGAGCUCAUCGGAGAAGCAGCCACAAUCUUCCUAACCUCCGCAGGCAUUACUUUGAAUGACAUCUUUCCCGUGAUGCCAGGAAAUGCCUCUGGAGUUAAUUUGGCCCUUCUCGCUGACACGAUGGGGGAGAUCAUUAAACUGAUUAUUGAAACACGGGUUUUUGGACAUUCGCCUGUGGUUUACCAGGCCAUGGAGCACUUCCUGGCAAUGAACAGCACUUACCUAAUGGUGGAACGUGCGUAUGAGAUGGCUGUGUGGCUGGCCUCAAUGGAAGCAUAUGGACUGGAGCUGCUGAGUCAGACUCUUUACAAACUGUAUGGAAUCGUCAGGCUGCCGUUAUCUAGUCUGACCGCAGUGAGCGUGCACGUGGAUACGGAGGUGUACGAAGACCUGGUGGGAAACCUGUUUGGUGCUUUUGACCAGCUGCUAGGCACCAGUGGCCUUAUGUUCCCAAUGCUCCAAAACCACCACAUGUCCGAUUCCCAAAUGUACGGCGGCCACCACGGACUGAGGACCAGGCGAAGACGCGACCUGUCGGCCAUGACGGCAAUGACGGCAACAGACCCCGUGAACGACAUCAUUGACAUGUUCAACAUCGACUACCCAAGCAUGUUCAAGGCCAUCUCUGUUCCUCCGACCACAGCAGAGGUCACAGAGACAGCCCACGUGUUGUUUUCAAAUCCGGACCUGAAUGUUGUGAUGAAAGGAGUCACGAACGACUUGCCGUGGAGCCUCAACGCCUCACGGGAAGCAACCAUCGACGCCACCCUUGGGAUGUUCUCCUUCUUCACGCACCCUCAAGUGUUUGAGACACCAUCGUUGGAUAUCCUGACAAAAGCUGCUGAGAUGCUUCCUGAUGGUUUACCAUUCGCAUCCGAGAUAAAAACUAUUAGCAAGGCGCUGGCGAGUGAAUCUCCAGAGAACCUGAGAGCCAUGCAGGAAGCCGUCCGAACCGUCACUGAGCUCCUUCAGAUCAGCCCCACUGACCCACAGUUCACAAAUCAACUGAGCCAACUGAGAUCGGAGGUGUGUGUUUUGGAGAACGCAAAUUCUGUGGCCAUGCUCUUGCAGUCACUUUCCAUGAAGCCUGGGGAUCUCUGUCACACAGUUUUGCCCAGCCUGCAGAUCUUAGCCGAGACUCUGCAGAGCAACAUCACCUCUCUGUCAGAAAUCGCCUUCCAGACCAUAAUCGGAGAUCCCAGAAGCUACAACCUCCAGUCAGACUGGGCUACCGUGUUGAGUGAAACGCUGGGCUUAAACAUCAGCAGCAUGGGCAUGCUCAAUUUUACAUCCCCAGGAGAAGUGACAUUUGGGGAGAUGCUGAGGAAUAAGGAAGCUUUCCUUCAGGCCGUCCAGGACCACAUGAAUGUAGAUCCUGCAGCUCUUCUUGUCCUGAUGGACACCCCUCUGCAGAACAACACAGAGAUGCUGUCUUGGCUGGCGAACCUGCAUUACUGUCACCCCAACGAAGCAAUGAACACGACAGAUGCGGCCAUUCUGGCGACCUUCUGCGCUCUGUCUGCUGAAGACUGGUACAAGUUCUCGCUGCUGACGGCUGAACAUGUAAACACGGAGAAGCUCGUUUACAGAGUGGUGUUGUCUGAGGAACUCCAGGGCCUGGUUGGAGCCAUAGCUCAGGUGGCAACGAUUGCAACGGAAAUGACCAACAAGAUUCUUCCUACAGUCAGGCAACUGGAAAGCUACCUGCUUUCCGUCAGAGACCUUAACCUGGACUCCAGCAGUGAAUUUGCCGAAAUGACGAGAGGGAGAAGAAGCAGCAUCUCCACCAAAGCUACGUUCGUGACCCUGUCCCGUGCUCUGUGCAGUAACGGCAUCAUCGCUCUGUUUGGGAUCUCCAAAUUGCCCGAGCUGUCUGAAUCCAGCCCCGCAUUCCCUGACCACCAAAAGAGGGAGGAGAUGAUUGAGAGAUUCAAGAUCCCGCGGGACGCCUCUCCAUUCUGCAUGAACAUGUACCUGGACAUGGUCAACACCACAGGAGGAGCCAUCGCCUGGGCCUUCCUCAAACCAAUGCUGAUGGGCCAGAUCCUGUUCACACCUGACACACCCGCCACCCGCGCCAUAAUGGAGAAGGCCAAUGGCACCUUGCACGAGUUUGCAAAUCUGAAGCAAUCCUCCGAGGAGUGGAUCGAAUCCUCAAAUUACAUCAUAAACUCGGCCAAAUUGCUCAGCUCCACCUUGCCAAUGCUGCAGAAUUCCCUCAGCAACUCCUUUGUGAAGAAUUUCAUUGAGAUGCAGACAGACAUAAAUGUCGACAGCAUAAAGGAGACGCUCAGCAGCUUCUCUAAUAUUACAGAAAUGCUGCAGAAGAACAAGAACAUACUCGGUCAAAUCACCACCUUGUCAAAUCUGAUGGUGAAGCUCUCCUCCUGCAUCAAGUUUGACCGGUACCGCGGCUAUGACUCCCCCGAGGAGCUCAACGCCGUGGCCCAGGAGCUCGCCAAAGACCGGGAGCUCUAUGCAAGUGUCAUCUUUAAGACUGAGGAUUCGUCAAAGAAGCGUGAAGCCAGAUCCUCCGACGCCGCCGCCUCCUCGUCCCAACUGCCCCCCAAGGUCAGCUACACCAUCAGGAUGCACAUGGACAACGUCAUGCGGACGGACAGGGUGCGAUACCCCUACUUCGUGAGGGACAACCGCAUCUCGUCCAGCCAGACGAUGCGCUACAACCGAGGGUUCGUCUACCUGCAGGAGAACAUCGACCGGGCCAUCAUCGAAACCCAGGCCGGGCGGAAAGUCAGCGAGCCGGCCGUGCAGCUGCAGCCCUUCCCCUAUCCGUGCUAUCUACGAGACGAGUAUCUGGAGGCCAUUUCUUAUAUUUUCCCUCUCUUGCUGAUUCUACCCUGGGUGUUGUUCGUGGCUGACUUUGUGAAGAAACUUGUGCACGAGAGAGAGCUGAGGCUGCACGAGUACAUGAAAAUGAUGGGCGUCAAUCCUCUCAGCCACUUCUUUGCCUGGUUUGUGGAGUGUGCCGCCUUCCUGGUUCUGACCAUCGUCAUCCUCACGCUGGUGCUGAAGUGCGGACACAUCCUGCCCAAAAGUGACGGCUUCCUCCUCUUCCUCUACCUCUGUGACUUUGCGUUGAGCAUCCUGUCCUUCUGCUACCUGAUAAGCUCCUUCUUCGACAAGACCUACAUCGCUGGACUGAGUGGAAGCCUUAUCUACAUCCUCAGCUUCUUCCCUUUCAUCGUAGUCAUGUCUCUGGAGACUAAUCUAAACUUUUCCCAGAAGAGCCUUCUGAGCUUGUUUUCGCCGACCUGCUUCAGCUACGCCAGUCAAUACGUUUCCCGCUACGAGGCCCAAGGAGAAGGAAUUCAGUGGAGCAACUCUUACAGCUCCCCCAUAGCUGGAGACACAGCGUCAUUCGGCUGGCUGUGCUGGCUCAUGCUCAUCGACUCCCUUCUCUACUUCGUGAUCGGGGCCUACAUCCGAAUGGUUUUCCCAGGAAAAUAUGGCAUCCCAGCUUCAUGGUAUUUCCCCUUCAAACCAUCCUUCUGGACUGGCCUGUGCAGUGACUUUAGGACAAACAACAAUGCAGGCAAAGGGCUGCUCUUUUCCAACAUCAUGCAGAAAAACCUGCCCGUCUUUGGAGAUGAAAAAGGAAAAGGCAAAAGCAGCCUUUCCUACCAGGCUGGGGAGGAUUUGUCUGAGCUCCCAGUGGGAGUUGCACUCCACGGUCUCACCAAGAUGUACGGUGACCAAGCAGCCAUCCAAAACCUCAACGUCAACUUCCACGAGGGCCACGUCACCUCACUGCUGGGUCACAACGGAGCGGGCAAGACCACUACCAUGUCCCUGCUGACCGGCCUGUAUCCUCCGACGGCUGGCUCUAUCGAGGUGUAUGGCAAAGACAUGCAGACCAACCUGGAGCAGGUCCGCAGGGAGCUGGGGGUCUGCAUGCAGUAUGACGUCCUCUUCGACCACAUGACUGCCAAGGAACACCUGCUGCUCUACGGUCAGAUCAAGGCUCCACACUGGUCACCAAGAGAACUGCGAGAGCAAGUCCGCACGAUCCUGGAGGAGACAGACUUGUACGCUCAUAGACACAAGCGAGUCAACGCCAUGUCGGGUGGUAUGAGGCGCAAGCUCUCCAUCUCCAUCGCCUUCAUCGGGGGCUCUCGCUUGGUGGUUCUAGAUGAGCCCACAACAGGAGUGGAUCCCUGCUCCAGGCGCACCAUCUGGGACAUUGUCAUCCAGCAUAAGAAGAACCGGACCAUUAUUAUGUCCACCCACCACCUGGACGAGGCUGAAGUGCUGAGCGACCGGAUCGCCUUCCUGGAGAGAGGAGGAUUGAAAUGCUGCGGCUCACCCUUCUACUUGAAAGACAAGCUGGGUCAAGGCUACAAACUCACCCUCACCAAGAAGAUCCAACGCCCAGAGGCAGAGCGCGUUGACAACGCUGACCUGAAGGCCUUCAUCCAAGCUCAUCUUCCUGAAGCACGGCUUAAAGAAACCCAGAGGGGGGAUGUGGUCUUCUCUCUGCCCCCCUUCACUUCAUCCAACGCCUCAUCAUAUCGCUCCCUCCUGACCGCGCUCGACGCCAACCUGGACGAUCUUCAGCUCGGGGGCUACGGCGUGUCUGACACCACGCUGGAGGAGGUGUUCCUCCAGCUGACUAACGGAGGUCCAGGGAGCGAGGACGGACCUCUGUCUAUCUCAGAGACAGUUUCUGACAGCGCGUCUAUCGACAGCUUCCCGUCAGACUCCAGUGAAAACAGCUGCAACACUGGUGACCAGAUCAGGCUAAGCAGUUCCUCCCAUCUGUCUGGCAUGGGCCUGGCCUGGCAGCAGCUGACAGCCAUGCUCAUCAAGAGGUUCCACCACAGCAGAAGAGACUGGAAGGGCCUGAUCGCCCAGCUUUUGCUUCCCGUUCUCUUCGUAAUGAUCGCUAUGGGCCUGGGCUCCAUCAAGAGCGACGUGAGGCACUAUCCUGAGCUGGAACUGAGCCCAGCUCUCUACAACAUCGGACCGAGCUACUCUUUCUUCAGUAACCAGAAUCCACAAGCCAGCCAUCUGGUGGACACCAUGAUGUCAUUCCCUGGGAUCGAUAACGCCUGCCUCGACACGUCUGAUAACCAGGUCUGCACAAGGAGCACAAACACCUGGAGCUCCAGUGGGAACGUCUCCAAACCAUUUACCGUGUGUAAAUGCACCAAACAGGAGCAGAUUUGCGAUAAGAACAACUUCCAGCCCCCCCACAAGAAGGUCCCCUCGUCUCAGAUCGUCUAUAAUCUGAGUGGCCUCGAUGUGGAGAACUACCUGGUGGCUACAGCCAAUGACUUCAUCAGGAACAGGUACGGUGGCUUUGCUUUUGGCGUGCGGCUCCCGCCUGACUUGCAAAUGGACCUCAAGGCUGUUCCGAAAAACCGCACACUGUCCAAGGUCUGGUUCAACCCUGAGGGCCACCACACAAUGCCAGCAUACUUGAACAGCCUGAACAACUUCAUCCUGCGCUCCAAUAUUCCAGCAGACAAAGAUCCACAGAAAUAUGCCAUUUCGGUCUCCAGCCACCCUUACUUUGGCCGUAAGGAUGAUGAAGACACAGUCAUCGAGGGAAUGCUCCAGAUACUGGUGGCCAUGUGCGUACUGACAGGGUUUUCAAUUACGACGGCCAGCUUUGCCAUCUACGAAGUCAGCGAGCACCACAGCGGCUCCAAGAGGCUCCAGCACAUUGCCGGCAUCAGCGAGCCCUUCUACUGGGCUGUGAACUUCUUUUAUGACAUGGUCAUGUAUUUGAUCCCGGUGACCCUGACCAUCUGCGUGAUCGCUGCCUUCCAGAUUCCAGCGUUUACGGAUCGACAAAACUUGGGUGCCAUCGCUCUGCUUCUUGUGCUCUUUGGGUUCGCCACAUUCCCGUGGAUGUAUCUGUUAGCGGGGGUCUUCAAAGAUGUGGAAAAAGCCUUCAUCACCUAUGUGUGCAUCAACCUCUUCAUCAGCAUCAACACCAUUUUGUCCACCUCCAUUCUGUACAUUUUGGGACAAAUAUCAACCCACAACUUUGAGAUCGUCGAUGGGAUUCUGCAAAAGCUGAGCAACGCGUUCCACAUCUUUCCCCAGUAUAACUUUGGGAACGGGAUGAUGCAGCUGGCCAGGACGAACAUCGAGGUCCAGAUUCUCAGUGGCUAUGGAAUCGACGCCUACAAGAAUCCAUUCUCUGCAGAGAGCUUGGGGUGGAUGUUCAUCGCCUCUUUCAUUCAAGGCGUUUUCUUCCUCACUCUGCGCCUCCUUCUCAACAGUUCCCUCAAACGCAAAGUCAGAAAUCUACUUUUCGUGAGACAGACCCUGCCUCCGGAUACGCUGGAAGAAGAGGAUGAGGAUGUGGCAACAGAGCAUCUCCGGGUGGCCAGUGGAGCAGCCAGCUCAGACAUGCUGCAGAUCAACCAGCUCACUAAGGUCUAUCGACAUCUCAGUAGGAAGGUGCCUGCUGUCAAGAAGCUGUCUGUGGGCAUCCCUGCUGGAGAGUGCUUUGGCCUCCUGGGAGUGAACGGAGCAGGAAAGACCACCACCUUCAAGAUGCUGACUGGAGAUGUGAGCCCCACUGUUGGUUCCGCACAGAUCAGGGACCGGGAAGGGCGCCUGGUAGACAUCAUGGAGUGCCGUGACAAGGGAAUCAACAUUGGCUACUGUCCCCAGGUGGAUGCACUUGACGAUCUGCUCACUGGAGAAGAACAUUUGUACUUCUAUGCUCGCAUUCGUGGCAUCUCAAAGAGGGAGAUAGCUGGGGUGGUGAACUACCUUCUGAAGAGGCUGGAGCUGAAUUACCACAGAAACAUCAUUACUGACGGGUACAGCUGUGGAACCCGGAGAAAGCUCUCCACUGCUCUGGCUCUCAUCGGACAUCCGCAAAUCCUGCUCCUGGAUGAGCCCAGCUCUGGCAUGGACCCACGCACCAAGCGUCAUCUAUGGAAGAUAAUCUCAGAAGAAGUGAAGGGCAAGUGUGCUGUGGUUCUCACCUCUCACAGCAUGGAGGAGUGUGAGGCGCUCUGCAGCCGUCUUGCCAUCAUGGUGAAAGGUCAGUUCCGAUGCCUGGGCUCCCUGCAGCACAUCAAGAACAGGUUUGGCAGCGGGUUCACUGUGAAGAUGUACUUGGCCGAGCCCUCGUGCGACGCCGAGGCAAUCACUGCUUUCAUGCAGCGCAGAUUCCCCUCCACAUAUCUCAAGGACCAGCACUCUGCCAUGGUGGAAUACCACAUCCCAAACGCUCCUGGAGGGGUUGCUGACAUCUUCAGCCAGCUCGAGUCCAACAAGCAUGGUCUGCAGAUCAAACACUUCUCUGUGAGCCAGACCACACUGGAUGAGGUCUUCAUCAAUUUUGCCCUGGGAAAUAUUGGCAUGGAAACCAUACCAAUUCACAGUGAAGACAGCGUUGAAGACCUGAACUCCAUUAAGGAUGUAGAAGCAUAAAGCUGACUAGUUGGAAUGAGAGAAAGUGCAAUUACCCAUUUUAAAUAUACAUGUAGAGGGUAUGUGUAAAAUGAACCCAAUAUUUUUUUCUUAAAGAACUGAUUAAGUCAGGGGUAAAUUACAUUUUUAGUUUUACCAAAAUAGAAUAUUUUCUAAAAACAUUACUUUGCACAAACGAACAAAUGAAGUUGAUAAAUUGAUCUUGUGUUGUUUUACUGUUUUUUUUGUUUUUCCUUUUGAUUCACCAGAUCUCAAUAUUUAUGAAAUGUUAUUGUUUUCUUUCUGGUUGGGCUAGUUGAAAUUAUUUUCAAAAACAUCAACAUUCCUCAAUAUUAUCUUCAGCUGACCAUAAAGGGGGCAUGCUUUGAUUGUAUGUCCUAAUUAGUCUAACUCAUAAUCAGAUUUUUUAAAGCGAGUACAUCUAAUUGUAAGUCCUAGGUGAAACUGUAAAAUAUCUGUACUCAACACUCAAUAUGCAGUUUCUUCUUCUCCUUAACAGCCCUCUAAGGAUGUCUAUCAUUAUUGGAACGGCUGUGCUGAGUAUUUAAUAGUCUCUACAGCAUUUGGACAAUCUAACCGUAUUCUUAAAUGUAUUGACUCUCUUUUUGUAAUCAAAAUAAAUCUAUUUUUCAACUGCCGCUGCAA